CCCACAACACUUUGUGUUUUCAAAAUGGCGUCCCUCAUAGCUGACUGAGUUUAGCAAUCAAAAUUGAAGAAACAGUGCAACAUAUUACGCUUUAAAUACAUUAUUUCCGGUGAGAGAAUGAAACUAAUGCGUAUUACGGCGAAACACGUCCAGAGUAGUUAUUUUAACAAAAGUCUCCGUCGUUACCUGGGCUCGUCUUGUGUUGACUUGACAGCCGCCGGGGUCCCGACCGUGGUGGUGGGGUCAAGCCGGGAACUGGUGCGGAGACUUGGGUCACAGGUGGAGGUGAGGACGGCCUUUAUCACCGAGGAGGAGGAGGGUGCUUUUCUGCGGGAACUGGAACCUGGUUUGAAGAAGAAACGAUACGAAUUCGACCACUGGGACGACGCUAUUCAUGGAUACAGAGAAACCGAGCGUACGACAUGGGGGCCAGCAUGUCAGAACAUCUUGAAUCGUGUCCGAUCUGUCGCGUUUGAGGCCGGCAGUUCUCUUCUCGGGCCUGUACACGUCCUAGACCUGGACAAGGCGGGCUACAUCAAACCUCACAUUGAUAGCGUGAAGUUCUGUGGCAGCACCAUCACAGGGUUGAGUCUCCUCUCAGAUUGCGUCAUGCGCCUGGUUAAAGACGAUGCCCCCAGUGAGUGGUUGGACCUGCUGCUGCCCCGACGUUCCCUCUACAUUCUCAGGAACCAGGCAAGGUAUGACUUCACUCACGAGAUCCUUAAAGAUGAAGAGUCUGUGUUUAACGGACAGAAAGUGCCUCGGCAGCGACGGAUUUCGGUUAUUUGUCGGAACCUUCCGGGUUAAAACCUACAAACAGAUCACCUGGGAUGUUGGUACCACUUUAACUUAUUAAAACUGAUGUCCUGUUUUAUAGACAUCUGAAAACAGAACUUUUAUUACAGGAAGUAUUGCGGUUCAUAUUUUCAUGGAUCGUAAACAGACUCCUUCACGAUUAAAAGAUUAAUCUAAUAUGAAAAUGUUGUUGAUUCUGUGU